AUGCAUCUUUGUUUGAUAGAAGACGGUUACACCACCUCAAAGCUACCACUGGUCUUCACAAGUGUUUUACUGGCAGGAAAUCUGGCUAUUGAUGUCGUUCUCAUCACCUGCUAUGUUUGUAUAGCUUACCAAGUCAUCCAACGAGGUCAAAUCAGUGAUGGAGUUUUGUCAAAAAGCCGCCAACUUAGUAUUUCGUCUACAGGGACUGUCCAUGAUGUUUUAGAAUCAGAUGCUGUUCGCAAACCUGAGCCAAUCCUUCUUACCAGAAAGGCGUCUGUUGCAUCUUCGGAAGUCAAUGGUGGGGGUGAAACUGAACCCUCUCAGGCGGAAGGAUGUAAACUGACCAGAAAUAUCAAAGGAGUCACGUCACGUUCUGUCAGAAGGGGAAGUAUUAAUUCCAAACCGUCAGCGUCAUUCAAGAGAUCCCAGUUCCAACGGCAGAGAUCAGUGUCGAUUCAGAGCAUUGAAAAUAGACGAGCGCAGAUGUACAAGACGACACUGAUGCUUUUCCUCGUAACUCUCCUCUUCAUGGUCUCUUUCAUUCCUUAUUGUGUGAUAGUCAUUAUACGAUAUAUCCAGCCCAACUAUUACGACACAUUGACCACAUCCGGUCAAGCCAUUUUCCAGUUCUUCCUCAGGACCUAUUUGUUCAGUUGUGCGUUGAAUCCUGUCAUUUACAGCUUCAUGAGUGAACAAUUCAGAAAGGAAUGCGUAAAGUUGUUCAGGAGAAGUGGAAUCUGCAAGAAGAAACAUACGUUUAGCCGUUGA